AUGGUGUCUGUUGCUGGAGAUGGAGCAGCCGCCGUGCCUGCCAGUGAAGCCGGGGCAGCCCCUGCGGUUGUGGCACUGGCAUGCUGGUUGGACUACAAGGGCCAAAAAUUAGCAGAACAGAUUUUUCAAGGAAUCAUUCUUGUCUCUGCAAUAAUUGGCUUUAUCUAUGGAUACAUCACUGAACAGUUCGGCUGGACUGUCUACAUAGUUAUGGCUGGGUUUGCUUUAUCGUGUUUGCUAACGCUCCCUCCAUGGCCUAUGUACCGCCGCAAUCCUCUGAAGUGGCUGCCUGUCCAGGAGUCGGGAACAGAAGAAAAGAAGCCAGCAGACAGAAAGCCAAAGAGACACGCUAAAAGCUAA